CCCCGCCCCCGCCCAACGGUACAUUUCUCUCACAAAAAUUGCAACGGAGACAAAUGUUCCUCUUAGAUCUUUCUAUUCUCCUCUCUCCUCAUUACGAUUUCCUAUCGCUCUCUGAAAAGUUUCGGUUAGGGUUUCUCUCUCUCUCUAGAAUGGACAGUGGGAGUGAAGGCUUCAUCAGAUGAACUGCUAAGGAAAUUUGCAGAAGGGGGUUCGGGAUCCAAAGACAAGGCCACCGCGAAGAAAGAGCUUUCGCAGUUGGCAAAACGACGCCGCUACCACCGGAAAAAAAUCACCGGAGAAAAUGACGAUGAUGAUGAGCAGUACUGUGAGAGCCCCUCCACCUCCUCCUUAAGCCGCCGGGCCAGUUUGGUUGAGAGGAAAUCGCUUCUUCCUGCUGUGGCGGCAUCCACCCCACCCGGAUGUCGUCUGCGCUGAUUCAGCGGCUGGGGAUUGGGAUUGGGAGGUCACGGCUCAGGUUGAGGGAUUUCAAAAACAUGUCCAUUUUCGCCACAAUUGGCAAGGCAUCAAUGAAGGUUGUUACAAAGACUGGAGUCUUGAUAUUCAUGCGGCAAGGAAGAUCCUAGGUUUCCUCACUCUAUGAUUCUUGAAGGUGGAGCCAUUCAUGUAGAUGGAGAAGGGACUUGUCUUACUACCGAGGAGUGCCUCUUGAAUAAAAACAGGAACCCUCAUUUGACUAAAGAGCAAGUUGAGGAUGAACUUAAAGCAUAUGUUGGAGUCAAGAAGAUUAUUUGGUUGCCUCAUGGAUUAUUUGGUGAUGAUGAUAUUAAUGGUCAUAUCGACAACUUGUGCUGUUUUGUGAAGCCUGGUGCGGUUUUGUUGUCCUGGACUAAUGAUGAAUCAGAUCCUCAGUAUGAGCGAUCUGUGGAAGCCUUUUCUGUUCUCUCUCAUGUUACUGACGCUAAAGGUAGAAAACUAGAAAUUAUUAAACUCCAUGUACCUGGGCCACUUUACAUGACAGAUGAAGAGGCAACAGGACUAAUUCAGGUAAACAUGAUUCUUAGAAUUUUACUGUCACAACUCUGUAUCCGUUCUGGCUACUCUUUAUCCACUAAUUGAAAAGUAAAUUUACAUUUUUUGAGAUGUUAUGCUCAUGUUUACUGAACAAUACUGAUGGAGAUCAAAAUUUACUAGUUUUAGGAAUGUCAAUCUGCAGAACUUGAGGUCAAUUUUCCUCCAA